AUGUCGGACACGAAGCUGUCUGCUCAUCUGGGGUUUCUCAAGGAGGAUCUACCGCGUGAACUAGCCCUGCUGGACAUUGAGGGCUCGCUACCGAAGCUGAGUACGCUGCCGUCUACGGGUGAUGAUGACGAUGUGUUUAGUAGCAGGGUGUCUCUUGACUCUAUAUUCCAUUCUCCGGUGAAGAACCCAGGAGACUCAGUGGACGUGCUGCUUGCCGGGCUUGAUGAUGGCUCCAUCCAUAUGAGGAUCUUCGAGAGCUUUGAGAUCGGUUCUAUUGACGUGUCUAGUUCCCUGGAUGGGCCAGAUGGUGAUACCGAUACCAGCAAACGAGGAUACAAGACUCUUCUCCAUGCAUCCCAUCCGAUGAGCACGACGCAUGCACUUCUCUUCCAGAGCGAGGCCGGAAUGAAAGUGCUAAAUCUUGAUCUACGGUUCAUCACCAAGGCAGGUAGGUAUCUGCCCCUGCUUGCGUCGAAGGUCACACAGCUACAGAAUCUACUCCGGUAUAUCAAGCAAGUACAAGCACAGAUGCACCUAGAGUGGAAAAAUGCACGAGAACUGCCUAUUCGAUACCUGAGGAAUAUCAAUGAAGAGCUCAAGGAGCAGUGCCACUGCGAUUUUGUCACGGCUACAUAUCACUUAAUAGUUACAGGCGAUUGCUAUGCCCCGCUGAAGGAAUUUCUCGCUACCACCAUCAGCGACAGAGGACAAAAACGAUGGGAGAAGACGGUGGCUGGUGGGUAUGAAGCCCUCCGCCGACUUACUUAUGAAUGUCUGAUGCCGGCUCUGGAACGAUGCGGCGUGCUGCUGAGCCGACUGAUAGGACUAUCAAAGUACCACCGUAUCAGCCCGAUCUUAGGCCUGGAGACGACCUAUCUCAAGGCAUGCGUUGCAACUCUGGACUGUCUUACCUUGCUGGGGCACAAGGUCGUGCUUCACAGCAGCAUAGAGCUCAAGGAGUUCCAUGCUUUUUCCCAUUGGAUGCAGCAUGAGAUCAAGCUCCAGUCAACAGAUCCAACAUCAUCGACGAUGGACGAGCUAGUAGAGGCGGCGGACGAGAUUGACUAUGGCACAACGCUGGGAUAUGUCAAGGGGGCACUCACCAACAGUGCUUUGCAAGGGUUCCUACAAGUACCACAGCCACCGCCAGGGGCACCAGGGGCAGAUCCAGAAGAUAGAAAACGAUGGGACGUUGACAUUCAGGACGACGGCACGUUUUACGAAGAAUACAAGAAGCUGGUAUCUCAGCAUGA